AUGAGCAGUCUCAAGCGUUCGAGGUCUGAUCCUCCGCCGCCUAUCACCAUCGAAGAUACGGCAACUGGGGAGCCUCCGCAGCCGACCUUCGAUGUACGCCCGACGUACCAGGAAUCACGGCCAGACGUCCGCCAGCGCCGAAACACCACGUUCGGACACAGGCGCAAGCACAGCCCCAACCUACAGUGGCACGAAGAAUGGACAGAUGAAAGCUGGAGACAUGGCCGCGUUUUGCUGAUCGACUACGUGGGAAAGGAUCACACACCAGAAGGCAGGAGGAAGGUUGUCAGUCAAGAGUUCUGCGAUGUGGACAGUCUACGGAGGUUCUAUAGGAAGAAGGACCUCUCACAACAGGCCGCACUUCGGGUCAUUCAUGUACAGAAUGCACCUUGGGCGACGCGCUUCUUGCUGGGCAAGUUCAACAUCGACGGAAGCCAUGACCUCGUAGGCACCACCUUUGGCAGAUGGGCUCAGUAUGAACGGCCUUUGGUACGAAACAACAAGCCGGUCCCUAAUGGAAGGACGUUCCGAGCUCAGCGAGAUCCUUGGAGAGGCAUCAGUCGCGCCUCAUUCAGUUGCGAUUACCUGAAGCACUUUCCACGAGGAAAGGUACGGAAGAUCAAAAGAGGCACCAAGAUGAUGGAGCUUAAUGGCUACGAUGCGGACGAAAUGCCUUGUUAUACCUACGAUGCACUUGUACAGCGUCUUUCAGUUUACGUACAGCUGAGUAACGGCACACCAGGAUCAGCAACCGACCCUGAUAUACCCAAUCCAUACAACGAAGAAGAGUUCGAGGACUAUCAGCGGCUGAAGAAGUCAUAUGGCGACGUCAACGCAAAUGAACAUAGGGAAAAGUACAUACCCAAGCUCAACACCCUCGACAAUGGCAGCACCAUCAUCGUCUUUGAGAACUCCCAGAGCAGCGAUGUUAAGGACACGCUAAUCGGAGCGCGACAAGAGAUAGAGUCUCGCUGGCGGCGCCUCACAUUCUACCUUUCACGUGAAGAAGCCUCCUCGGACGAGACCCUUACCAUCGAAUGCAUGGACUACAUCUUGAAGGACAUAUUCAAGGCCCUCGCCUACAACUGGGACCGUUUCGUUGCCACCUGCGAAACCCACGUGGGCAUCCUCGAAGACAAAAUCUACGACAACCCUGCCGACGAAUCGCGAGAUCAGGAACUCUGGAGCAACAGCGCCCUAUGGCUCAAAGUCGAGCGUCUCAUAUGGAAACAUCUGGAUAUGGUAAACGACAUGCGCGCGUACAUGCACGAACUCGCUGGCGCUGAUCCGAAGGAGGAUGAGGAGUGGCUAGGCAACACCCCAACCGAGCUCGAACGCCUCACAAAGCAGUGGGAGCGCGACAUUAUUGGACCUACCAAAGAGCUUGCGGACCUGAUGUACAAGAGCGUGGGUAUCCGCGACGCUCGCCACUCCCUCCAACUCGGCCUAUCCAUGUGGCGCCUUAGCUGGAUCACGUUCAUCUUCUUGCCGCUGACCUUUAUAUGUGGCUUCUUCGGUAUGAACGUCGACACCUUCGAGGGUAACCCGAGUAUCAAAUGGUUCUUCAUCACUGCCAUCCCCGUUUUACUCACUGUGCUUAUACUGUGGUAUGGUGUCAAGCAUUCGCUUUCUACACAACGCCAGAACCCGCUCAGAAGGGGCGUGUACGAAGCGCUGUAUCACAAUCUGGCGACCGAAUAUCCGCACUUGUGGACAAGACGUGGGCCCAAAGCCGGUCUCACUUUUGUCGGGACAUUCGGCCUGAUCAAGUGGCGUCUUGUCACUCGAUGGUUUGGCAGUGAGAAACUGCAAAAGAGAGGCGACUACAAUCCCGCAGUUGAUGAGUUCGGCACCUGGUCGCGCAUCAAACAGUAUCUUGUGAGAAGGUGGCUACCUGAGCUUCGCAUCGUCGUCACAGACACACUGCCCCAGAGCCAACGACCUGACAACGAGCGACUAGAGAGCGUGGCAAGUAUCGGAAAGGAUCUAGGUGCUAUUGGCGAGCUCAUGAGUAUUGCGACGCCUGUUGCGCUGGCUGAGAUUGAACCAACUGCCGCCAGCAGACUGCAGCGUCGCAUACCAGCCGAACGAUUGAAGAGCUUGAGCCCGACGAGGAGUAAUAAGAGUGGGAGUGGAAGGCCGAGUAGUGACGGAGCCGCGAGUGGAGUUAUGGUUGAUGAGAGGGGUGUCAGUGAGGAUGAGCGAAGCGGUGAUGAAGAGAGGGAAUGGGAGACGAAGAGAGCGCGGCAGGAGAGGCAGCAAUUAGAUGUCCCGUACCAAAGCGGACGGUUGACCUAG